AUAUUAGAUUAAGUCAGGGAUGGAGUUAGGGGUUAAGGUGGAGGUUACAGUAGUUUAGCGUUAGGGAAUUAAUUGGAGUCAGUAUUGUGAGUUCAGCCAAAGUCCUCACAAGUAUAGUACGGUUUGUAUGUGUGUGUUUGUAUGUGUCAGUGGGAAGGGCCAACCACAGUACCUGUAACUCAGCACCUCGGAGAAGACAGAGAGAGGAGUGAAUGUGAACAGGAAAGAAGGAGGAAAUAUGGAGAUGUAAGGAUGUACUGGACAAAAAUAAAUGGCAAACCAGAGGGACAGUAACCGUGCUGUGGAUUACCAACAACUCAUCUUAGCUCUCAAUUCUCAAUCAUGCAAUAAGGUAGACGAUACCAAGCAUUUUACUACUUCUAGUAACCUGAUUCUCUUUCAAACAUACUCACCUUACUGCACUCUAAAAAUGCCAGAUGCAACUUCACUUCCACUUUAGUGUAGUUGUGGAAGAAGACAAUGGAUUAUGGACUCUCCUCUGUGAAGAAACAGGGAUUAAAAACUGUCAGGUGAGACUUAAGUUUUAGUUUUCCACUUUGCUGAGACAGCUUAUUAUUAACUGACCCCAUGUAAGCACAGACCUUUCCAAGUGCUACUUUAACAUAAACACAUUUCCCGUCUCUGAUAGAAGAAUAACAGAGGUCAACAGGACAGUGAAAGUUGAAUGCAGUUUCACCAAGCAGUUUUGUUGCUAGAAGGCUAAAUUCAGGAGUUAAACAAGCUUUGGACUGGAGAGGCUGGAAAUAGAUCCUGAAACCUGCUGAAGUCAACCACAGCUGGAAAGAGACAACAUCCGUUUCAAACAAAACACUGACCUCAACCCCAUCCAACACCUUUGGGAUGAACUGGAACACUGACUGUGAGCCAGGCCUUAUCGCCCAACAGUGUUGGACCUCACUAGGGUGAAUGGGAGCAACUCCCUGCUGCCAGGUUCCAACAUCUGGUGGAAAGCCUGAAACCAGAAGAGUGGAGGCUGUCAUAGUAGCACUUUAAUGCCCAUGCCCUCCAUCCAUCCCACCAUUCAUCCAUCAUGGCGGAGCCAUCACCAGGCUGGUGGAAGUUGACUUUCCUGAGGAGAAAAAAAUCCCAGCCCAAGGUUCUGUAUGAAAUCCCUGCGGAGGUUGUUUCCAACACCACCACUGGCCAGCAAGGGCCCGGAGCAGCCACUGGAGCCGCCACCCACCCAGAGGACAUGGUGCACGACUCUCAGCUGGACGCCCGACUGGAGAGGAUCGUGGAUAAAACAGCCAACAAGGGGCGCCACGUCAAGGUGUCUCACUCUGGGAGGUUUAAGGAGAAGAAGAAAGUGCGAGCUACUCUGGCAGAGAACCCAGAGAUGUUUCCAGGAGGAGACCCCACAAGGAAUGAGAACCAGAGGGCUGGGGAGUGACAGGACACACAAAUAUUCUAAAAAUGAAUGGUAAUGCAUGGUAAUGCACACACAUAAAGACAUAGCUACAUAAACACAUAAAGACUUAAACAUUCCAUCACAGAUGUAUUUAUAGGGAGAGUUUAAAAUUUGGUGUUUGGGAUUACAGCUCUCUGCCCUCCUUGUCAGCUGAUGGAGCCAUAAUAUCCUAAUUUGGGAAAACCCUAAGCCUUAAUAUUAAUAGGACAACAAAUUACCACUAAGACACUCAAAAUAAGUGAAAUUUAGAUUAAAUUGUGGAAAAAAAUUGCCUAUUUAAUAUUUCUAUAGAGAAGUUUGAGGUUUUCCCAUUCACUUCAAUAAAAGAAACAUCUAGUGGCCACUAGCAGAACUGCACCUUGAGGCACUGAUUUCAGCUGUGGUGGUUGCUGCUUCAUCCACUUGCUGUUGAUAAUAGGACAACGGUGGUUGCAGAGAUUGAUCCUACAACCUUUCCAGUACAAGAUCUUCAACAAUUAGUCCACCAUUUUGUCUAGAUGCACCGGGAUCAAAUCUAUGACCUUCCCAUUACUGGAUGGAUUAUCUAACUAGUAGACCAACCUGGCUGUGUAGGAUAGCCACUAUAACUACAAGACACUAUAAAAUAUUUUCCCACUUACCCCUAGUGGUAUAUUUUUCCUUUUAUCUGCUGAGAUUUUAAGAUAUCUACUUUCUCCUGCAUGUAGCAGGUUUAUCCAGCCAUGCCUCAUGUAUCUAUGGGUCUUAAAAUGAAAUCAUAUUUUGAAACCUACUGAAACACAUUGUCUGGGUUGAAUACUGAUAUUUAACUAUUUCUUACCUUUCAAAAUAAGUACAGUCACAUCCUGUCACUCUGAUAUGUUAGCUGAAAUAUUAGCUAGGAUACAAACCAUAUGAACAGUGGUUUACCUUUUUUUAAAUGAAGGCAAUGUCCAUGUCUUGUAAUGAUACUUGAUAUAGAGCUAUGAAUAUCUAUGCAAUUUAAUCUGAAAAUUAUUUGGGCAUUUAGAAAGUUAUGAGUCAUUGCUUUAUUAGUCGUACUGGGGAAACUGUGAAUCUUUAUAUCAAUGAGUGUUUACUGAAAAUGACUUGUAGCCUGGUUUGCCUGAAAUCAACAUAUCAGCAGUAAUAUCUAUCUUCACACUCUCUACACUUCCAUGGAUUUGCAGUAGAAGACAAACCCACUACAUGCCUAGAACAUAAAUACAUCUAAACAGCCAACCUGCACAUGUUGCUGCCAGUAAAACCCAGUAGAUGGCAGCAUUGCUCACCCCAUAUUAAACAGAUUUAAACUGUUCAUUCAAACACUCUUCUACUCUGGUUUUUGUGUGAAAGUUUGGCUCAGAAGCUUGUUUUCUAGAUAGAUGUCAAUCUCUUUUACAGCAUCUGGAUAAUACUCAACAUCCAAUCAAUAGAUAAACUGUCUCUUUAAUACCACUUUCAGUUUUGAUUCUGGGUGAAAUGAAUGUAAAAAUGUUGAUACUCUUGAUACUGCUAAAGUGCUCCCACUGAUAUGUCAAUGCUGCAAAAACUUAGGAUAUGCAUUAUAGAUAUUUUUUGUAAAUUAAUUGUUGUAUAAAUAAAACAUGUCUGAAUUUAAAAGUACAUGAUUUGUUCAUGCAAUUAUAUUUUAGACAUAUUUCUGUGGCAAGUGUAACAGAUAUCAGCAGUGCAGAAAGCUUUUUUAAAAAUCACAGUAUGUUCAUUAACAGUUUCUAACACUGUGUGCACAGAGUUGCUGCGGUCACUUCAAACCACAAGGGGGCGUGCUCACUCCGUCUAAAAACCUCAGUUGUCAUCGCAAUGAAUACAGGUGAUACUGUUUGGUGAAAUGAUGCCCUCUAGUGGUCAGAGGAAAAUUCACACAUUAUAUAUACUUUGGAUUAACACAGAGCUCAUAACCCAGAUCAUACAGAACAAUAUAUUGUAUACUGCUUUAUUUUAAGGUAAAAGGUUAAUAAAAAAAAUGUAAAGUUUAAAGCAACAUGAAAAUGAAGGUUUUCACUUUCACUGCAACUUAGCUUGAAGCAUAAUGAAAUCAAUGUCAUACUUUGUGGAUAUUUUACUAUAAUAAAUAAUAACAUAUGUGUGACACACAUGUGUUAUUUAUAUGCCAGUAUAUAUUAUUUAUAUAUAUUAUAUAUAAAUAAAUUGUAUAUUGGUUCAUUUUUGGGUGACAAUUAGUCAACAUUAAAGAAAAAAUCUAAUAAAAAAUGUACAUUAUAGGGAACAACAGUAAGAUUCUUAAGUAAGAUUAACAAAUAAUAAAGGUCCAGCAGGGAUAUUUUAAUCUGAAAAUUAAUGUAACAAAACACUUAGAUGAACAACUAUAACUUGCUUGCUUUACAUUUGUAUGAUGUUCAGUUAAUCAACACAUAGAGUCUACUUACUGUGGUGAGUUGACCUAUAUUUUUAGAAAGUGUUAUGAUAAGUGUAAGAUCCACUUCUACACUUAAAUGUAAGACACCAUGUUAGUUCAGUAAGUGUCACUUGUGUGGUUUUGAGUCACAAUAUAGGUAGGAACUUUCACUCAGGGGACAGGAGUUGCUAGACGGAGGAACAGAAAUUGUUUUUUGACCGCUAUGUUAGGCCUUGCCACAAUGCUAUAUUGGUGAUUUAUGUUUGCUGUAUGGAGAUUUAUGGACAAUGGCUAUGGAUUCUUGCAUGUAACUCUUUGAACCAGUAACAGUGAGCAAUAAAUAUUCCAUCAAAUGCA